CUUAGCUUCACAUCCGCGUCUCUCACUAUCUUUCUUCUCUCCUUCUGUCUCUCUCUUAGGGUUUCAGUACGCGCCGUUUCACUCUUCUGAAUCAGUGUCAGCAUUGCCACCAUCAGGUUCUACGCUCGCAGAUAAAAUAUGGCAAUGGAAGUUACCCAGGUUCUUUUGAAUGCACAAUCAAUAGAUGGAACUGUGCGGAAGCAUGCAGAAGAUAGUUUGAAGCAGUUUCAGGAGCAAAAUCUUCCCAGUUUCUUACUGUCUCUCUCUGGGGAGUUAGCAAAUGAUGACAAACCUAUUGAUAGCCGUAAAUUAGCAGGUUUGAUACUUAAAAAUGCCUUGGAUGCCAAGGAGCAACACAGAAAAUUUGAACUAGUGCAAAGAUGGCUGUCAUUGGAUGUCAAUGUGAAGACUCAGAUCAAGGCAUGCUUGUUGAAGACCCUGACAUCUCCUGUACCUGAUGCUCGGUCAACUGCAUCUCAAGUUAUUGCCAAGAUUGCAGGCAUUGAGUUGCCACAGAAACAAUGGCCUGAGCUGAUAGGUUCACUUUUAUCAAAUAUUCACCAGCUGCCUGCUCAUGUUAAGCAAGCCACUUUAGAAACACUUGGGUAUUUAUGUGAGGAAGUGUCGCCUGAUGUUGUAGAUCAAGAUCAUGUAAAUAAAAUACUUACCGCUGUGGUUCAAGGUAUGAAUGCUAAUGAAGGGAACAAUGAUGUUCGGCUUGCUGCUACCCGAGCUUUGUACAAUGCCCUGAGCUUUGCUCAGGCAAACUUUAGCAAUGACAUGGAGCGUGAUUAUAUCAUGAGGGUGGUUUGUGAGGCAACACAAUCCACAGAUUUGAAGAUAAGACAGGCAGCUUUUGAGUGUCUUGUCUCCAUUUCAUCGACAUACUAUGAGAAAUUAGCACCUUAUAUGCAGGAUAUUUAUAGCAUCACGGCAAAGGCUGUAAGAGAAGAUGAGGAACCUGUUGCGCUUCAAGCCAUUGAGUUCUGGAGUUCAAUUUGUGAUGAAGAAAUAGAUAUUUUGGAAGAGUAUGGGGGUGAUUUUACUGGGGACUCGGACAUUCCUUGCUUUUACUUUAUUAAGCAGGCACUUCCUGCACUUGUCCCAAUGCUUUUGGAGACACUCCUUAAGCAAGAGGAGGAUCAGGAUCAGGAUGAGGGGGCUUGGAAUAUUGCAAUGGCUGGGGGUACCUGUCUGGGUUUGGUUGCACGGACAGUUGGAGAUGAUAUAGUUCCCCUUGUCAUCCCCUUCAUUGAAGAGAACAUAACGAAACCAGACUGGAGGCAAAGGGAGGCAGCCACUUAUGCUUUUGGUUCAAUCUUGGAGGGUCCUUCACCUGACAAGUUAGUACAUGUUGUUAAUGUUGCUUUAACCUUCAUGCUCAAUGCUUUAACAAAGGAUCCAAACAACCAUGUGAAAGACACUUCUGCUUGGACCCUUGGAAGGAUUUUUGAAUUCCUUCACGGUUCAACCAUAGAUACACCCAUAAUUACGCCAGCAAAUUGCCAACAGAUCAUCACAGUUCUGCUGCAGAGUAUGAAAGACACUCCAAAUGUUGCUGAGAAGGCCUGUGGUGCUCUCUAUUUUCUUGCCCAAGGUUAUGAGGAUGUGGGUCCAUCAUCUCCUCUGACUCCCUUUUUCCAGGAAAUUGUUCAGUCCCUUCUCACUGUUACUCACAGAGAAGAUGCUGGGGAGUCACGAUUAAGGACUGCUGCAUAUGAAACAUUGAAUGAGGUGGUUAGGUCUUCGACUGAUGAAACAGCACCCAUGGUGUUGCAACUGGUACCUGUCAUCAUGAUGGAGCUUCACAAGACUCUUGAGGGGCAGAAACUCUCAUCUGAUGAGAGAGAAAAACAGAGUGAGUUACAAGGACUCCUUUGUGGUUGCUUACAGGUGAUUAUUCAGAAGCUAGGGUCUGCAGAGCCAACUAAGUAUGUCUUCAUGCAGUAUGCAGAUCAGAUAAUGGGACUUUUCCUGAGAGUUUUUGCUUGCAGAAGUGCAACUGUCCAUGAGGAGGCCAUGCUUGCCAUUGGAGCCCUUGCCUAUGCUACAGGCCCUGAUUUUGCAAAAUACAUGCCAGAGUUCUAUAAAUAUUUGGAAAUGGGUCUUCAGAAUUUUGAGGAGUAUCAAGUGUGUGCUGUUACUGUGGGUGUGGUGGGAGAUAUUUGCAGAGCAUUGGAGGAAAAAAUUCUUCCUUAUUGUGAUGGGAUUAUGACACAACUUCUCAAAGAUUUAUCAAGCAACCAGCUGCACCGAUCUGUAAAGCCACCCAUAUUUUCAUGCUUUGGUGAUAUCGCACUGGCAAUAGGAGAAAACUUUGAGAAGUACUUAAUGUAUGCCAUGCCCAUGCUCCAGAGUGCAGCAGAUUUGUCUGCCCACACAUCGGGUGCUGAUGAUGAUAUGACAGAGUACACUAAUUCUCUGAGAAACGGGAUAUUGGAGGCAUAUUCUGGGAUUUUCCAAGGGUUUAAGAACUCUCCAAAAACCCAGCUCUUGAUUCCUUAUGCACCUCAUAUCCUUCAGUUCUUGGAUAGCAUAUACAUGGAGAAAGACAUGGAUGAAGUGGUGAUGAAGACAGCUAUUGGGCUUCUUGGAGAUCUCGCAGAUACACUGGGAAGUAAUGCAGGUUCUUUGAUUCAGCAGUCUCUUUCAAGCAAAGACUUUUUAAAUGAAUGCUUGUCUUCCGAUGACCAUAUGAUUAAAGAAUCUGCUGAGUGGGCCAAGUUGGCCAUUAGUAAGGCCAUUUCUGUUUGAGGCUAUUGCCACUGUGCAUAGUCUUUUCCUUUUACAAGUCCCUGCAUGCAUUUGGGUGUGUUGAGUUGGGGUCAAGGAUUGCAUUUGUCAGGUCAUCACCAUAUUCAGACAACAGAAGUCAUUGUUCUUCUUGUUGUUGCUAACUCUUGCAUCAGCACCAUGGGGUCGGGUUGUUUUUAAGUCAUGGAGGAAGUAGGUGGUGGCAGUGUCGCUGAAGUCGGUGAAUUCCUCCAUAAAAAAACUUGAAAAAAACAAUUAUUGUUGAUCAAGGAGGAUUGGAGUCGGAGAGUAAGAGAAGCAGCUAAUAGCGACAUGCUGAUUAUACAAGACUAAUACAUCAUCAGUGGUAGAUUUGUUGGCCCUUGUGGGCAGCACCAAAAUUUUAUUAGAGAUAACACCUUAUUGGUGUGCAUUCCCCACAUGGUUAUAGGUGGCCGGAAUGAACGACAGUGAGGAGUUGGUUCAAGUGUUGCGACACUUGAAAGAGCACUGGCGUUUUGAAAAUCUUCUUCCUUCACCCAGUUCUGAUUAUUGAUUUUCCUUAACUUGAGUCCGCAUCGUCUGUCAUGGUCGGGUUGUAUUUGAUCUCCUACAUCUUAUUUUUGCAAAGUUGGUGGGAAUGGGUUUCACCCAAAAUUGAGAUCAUAACAGUUUGCAUUUUGUUGCAUCAUUCAUAUUUAUCAUUGUUAGUCAAAAAGGUCCAAUACAUGCAUUCAUUCAUAAAGGUUUUAUUAAUUAUUAUUUGUCUUGUUUAAUUUUUAUCAAAGUACAGGAUUUUAUUUUAUUUGAGGUUAAGAUUGUGUAAUCAUAGUUUGUAUUUGCGUUUGUAGAGGGAGUGGUAUAUUGAAAUGUCACGAAUUGUGAUGACAUUUAUAGGUGUGAAUGAGGCAGUGUAUUUGUGGUCUUGCCUCAUAUCAUAUUCAUAUGUUAUUUUUCAAGUGAUGUUAUGAAAUUAAAUGGAUUUUUGUGAAUUCUUUUUUUGGUUUA